UGUAUUUACUUGUCAGUCCCCUCAUACGAAGCGUGUUUAAACAUUCAUGUAUUGACUUUUCAGUCUUACGAGGCGUGUGUUAACAUUUAUUUAUUUACUUGUCAGUCUUACGAGGCGUUUGUUAACAUUUAUGUAUUGACUUGUCAGUCCCCUCUUACGAGGAGUGUGUUAACAUUUAUGUAUUAACUUGUCAGUCUUACGAGGCGAGUGUUAACAUGUUAUAGUAAAUAACGCCUAUAAGAAUAAAACUCAACGAAACCACUAGGAACACUCGUGAACAAAAUAAAAAACGAUACUUUUCAUUGCAUAUGCAUAUUCCUAAAAUGCAUGUACAAGUUAUUAUAACUGACAAGCUUGUCUUUACAUUGACAGUUUGCCAGCAUCGAAGUUGUUGUUGCGGCGAUAACGAACCAUUUCCGAAUCCUGCGGAAACGAACCAUGUUAGUGACAGUGUGCGCAUGUGCGUUCUAUUUCUUUCUGGGGCUGGUUUUCUGUACCCAGGAAUCUACGUCUAUCAGUUGUUGGACUGGUACGUUUCUGUAGCCAUACCCGUAUUUGGUCUAAUCGAGUGCCUUGUUUUUGGCUGGAUAUACGGGGCAGAAAGAUUUUCGCGGGACAUUGAAAUGAUGCUUGGUCGUGGAGUUCCUGUAUUCGUCCGGAUUUGCUGGUGUUUUGUAACCCCAGUCGUACUCUUGAUUUUGUUUGUCUCCACGUUUAUAUCGUACAAGCCCCCGACAUAUGGAGAUUACGUGUACCCGUCCUACGUUAACCUGCUGGGCUGGUGUGUCGGGUUAAUGCCUCUCCUACCCGUUAUCGUGGUGGGGGUCGGGACCGUGGCGAAUACCCCCGGACACUCUAUUAUUCAGAGGCUGAAAUCCUCGAUGCGACCCUCCCCAUUCUGGAAGCCUAUAUCUAAAAGGCAUGCGUUCGAUUAUGACGCUCACGAGAGCGCCGUGCCACUUAGUUUUUGGAAACAGGUGAAAGUUAAUAUCUUCGGGGGAAAUGACGCCAAAUGAAUU